UGGUGGCGGCCUGGCCAGGCGGCGGCGGCGGCGGCGGCGGCGGCGGCUGUCUCCCGCGUCACAGCGCCAGGCGGCGGCGGGGAGAUGCGGCUCCUGGCGCUGGCGGCGGCCGUGCUGCUGGCGCGGGCUCCGGCCCCGGAGGUCUGUGGAGCCCUCAAUGUUACCGUGUCCCCGGGGCCUGUGGUUGACUACCUGGAGGGAGAAAAUGCCACUCUCCUGUGCCAUGUCUCCCAGAAAAGGCGGAAGGACAGCUUGCUGGCUGUGCGCUGGUUCUUCGCACGCUCUGACUCCCAGGAGGUCUUGAUGGUUAAGAUGACCAAGCUCAGGAUGGUUCAGUACUACGGGAAUUUCAGCCGCAGUGUCAACCGGCAAAGGCUGCAUCUGCUUGAGGAGCGGCGGGGGGCGCUCUACAGGCUCUCUGUCCUGACGCUCAGGCCAGCGGACCAAGGGUACUAUGUCUGCAAAGUCCAGGAAAUCAGCAAGCACAGGAACAAGUGGACAGCUUGGUCCAACGGCUCCUCAGCGACGGAAAUGAGAGUGAUUUCUCUCAAGGCUUCUGAAGAUUCAUCUUUUGAGAAAAAGAAGAAGACUUGGGCAUUUUUUGAAGAUCUCUACGUGUAUGCCGUCCUUGUGUGCUGCGUGGGGAUCCUCAGCAUUUUGCUCUUCAUGUUGGCCAUCAUCUGGCAGUCUGUGUUUAGCAAGAGGAAGUCCAGAGUGAGACAUUAUUUGGUGAAAUGCCCUCAGAACAGCUCAGGGGAGACUGUCACCAGUGUGACCAGCUUGGCCCCACUGCAGCCCAAGAAGGUCAAAAGGCUGAAGCAGAAGUCUGAUGUUCCUCCUGCCAUCCCUGCCAAAGUUCCGAUAUCCCCCACGUUUCAUAAGCCGAAGCUGCUGAAGCCACACAGGAGAGCCAUGCUGCCAGAGAUUGCUGAGGAAAACCUGACGUAUGCUGAGCUGGAGCUGAUCAAACCCCACCAAGCAGCCAAAGGCCUCCCCACCAGCACCGUGUAUGCCCAGAUCCUCUUCGAGGAGAACAAGCUGUAACAUCACCUCCUCUUCUCUGGUUCUAUUUAAUAUCUGCCACCCAGUAAUUUAUGCAACCUUGGAGACAAAGUCCUUAUUUUUGUAUUUUCACUUGUGCCUUCUGAGUGGUGGGGAGCCCCUUCGUCAAGGCAGUCCGGGUACUCUCAAAAAGAAGUACAAGGCUGCUCCCUUCAAAAGAAUAGGAGCCCCAGCUCUUGUACAAAUCUCCCAGGAAAAAAUGUACCUGGGCCGGUGCCCAGAGGUGCAAGGACUCUUGAUUCUGAGAGCAUCCAAGGAGAUUUUCUGCUGAGCCAACCCUCUUCAUGUUUUCUUCUUUCCCUGGGCUUUAAUUUUUUAAUAUCUUUUUAAAAUUAUAUUUUACUCUUCUUCCCUUCUUGUAUCCAUAAUAGAAGCUCAUGGUGUAUAGCUAGAAGAAAUGCCAUCAUAGGCCAAAGGAGGAGAUGGCUGACCCCUGGUAAUUGAUUUUCCAGGGACAAGAUAACAUCUCUCAGAUGCCUGGACUAUAGCAAACUGCUGACUGCAAGUAGCAACUUAAGAUGGCAUCUCUUGUUUUAAAUAGAUGCACUGACCCUGAUGAUUUAAGGACAGGUGGCAGAUUGUGGGGAAGCCUGAGGUCUGUCUCUGAAUACCGCAUGCCUGGCUGCCCACCCAUGACUCCCUGAGGCCACAGGACAAGUAGGCCAGCCUUCUAAGAGGGCUUCCAUCCCUUGGGCAGAGUGGAGGUGAACCUAUACUGAUAGGGAAAUAUAUUCUCCAAGAGUUCUUACCCUUUUCCAAAGGAGCAGAGGUGUUUGUGAGCCAUUGACACCCUGGAGCAGGUGUCACCUCCCAGCCUGGGAGCUCAGGCAAGGCUAACUGAAGUGCACUGUGUGGGGACAAAGGCUGCUGCCAGGAUCCCUCAGAGCAGGAGAGUGGAAAGUGCAAGUCAAGCUGGAGAAAAUGUCGUCUGAAGACCCUCCACUUGCUAACUGCCUUGGCUGUCACAGACUUUGUGUGAAUUCCAACGGAUUUGGGUGGGGGCUAGGGACGCAUGGGGAAAGUGCUCUGUGAACCUGUGUGACAUCCAGGAAUGUUGGACUCAAUGGAGCUGGAUCCAUUCUGGAAGGGUCACCCUGUCAACUGUGUUGCUAAGGACAUUUCCUUGAUGUGUGGGCGUACUCUGGGUGGCUAUUUACUGCACACUAUAGAAACUGUUUGGCUAUGUAAUGGACCAAACAUAUAUGAUAAAUUAACUAUUUUAAAAAACACAGCUGGGGUUGUGAGUGUGCCCCAAUACACAGCCACUUCACCUUGGUCUGGUUUCUUAUUCCCUAAAGGCCUCAGACUCCAUGCUUGUAUAAAAGUAACCUAACCUCUUAUAGAAUUCUUGAGGGUAAAAUGGGGUAAAGAAUACUGCCCGAUUCUGGAAACUAUAUAAAUUGCCACACAGAUACUCACAGACAGAUGCCCAGACAUUCAUGCUACAGCCAGCCUAUGCUUUCAAAAUGAAAUUUUCUUUGCUCUUUAGGCUUUCAUGGUGAUCGAUUCAAAAAGUCAAAUAUGUAUCCACAAACUUAGCCCUAAAGAAAUGCCCCUAAAGACUCCUGGUAGUUUAUGAGGGCCUCUCAUUGUUCACUGGAAAGACUCCAAAUUGGAAGUAGAUAUUGAUUUCCUGGAAGCAAAAAUGGCCUGACUUUACGAAGUGAAGUCCACCCUCCCUGGACAAUACUUGCUUCUCACUUCCUCUGCUAGAUCUUCAAGGAAGUGAAUAAGCCACACAGCUCCUUCCCUUCCUUUUUCUUUUCUUUUCUUUUCUUUUCGGGCAGAGAAUCACUCUUGCCCUAGGUAGAGUACUGUGGCAUCACAGCAACCGCAAACUCUUGGGCUUACAUUGUCUUCUUGCCUCAGCCUCCCAAGUAGGUACCCACCACAACUCCCGCCUAGUUUUUCUACUUUUUCAGUAGAGACAGGGUCUUGCUCAGGGUGAUCUCCAACUCCUGAGCUCAAGCGACCCACCCAGAGUGCUAAGUUUACAGACAUGAGCCACUGUGCUCAGCCCAGCCACACAGCUCUUGAGGAAGCAUUUGGAAGAACUCGCUAGAAAUUCCCUGAGCAUUUGGGGGGGGGGAGGGAAGAAUGUGUGAUUAGCACGCCAUUCAUAUCAUAAUUAUCUUAGGGAUUUUAAAAUAUUAACAUGACAAUGUUCCUGUAGAUGAUAGCGUAGUGUUUUGAGGGCAGAGGGUGAUUUCCUAAUUUGCAGACAUAGCCAUUUGGGUUAAUGGGGCCCUGGGGGUGCCAAAUAGGAAGAAGAGUGGGACAUGUGAGGACAAGAUAAUAGGGAGAGGACAACAGGGCAAGGGGAGUACCUUGCGAGGCCUCCACACCUCUGCAGAAUGGAACGAAAUCAGAUCACCCUCAAAUCGCUUCCUUAAAUCCAUGGAGAGCUUAGGAUCAUCAUACAUGGAAAUGAACACACCCCACUGAGAAAACUACACGUUAUGAAGAGUUUGUUAAUCAUGGUUGUAGAUUCAUUUCCCCCUCUUUCUCCUAAACUCUGGUCACAGACACACAAAUCCACACUAUGUUGUGCAAAUGGGGACCUGAUGACUACCUCUUUCUCCUGAAAUGCCUCCUAAGGGAAUUGUGGAAGUUGUGGACAGCAUGUAAGCAGGGCUGGUCCAACUGUGACCUCCAGAAGCAAACCAUCCAAGCCUUGUUCCAAACUGGCUCCAGGGGAUGAUCUGUACCUGCUUCUUGUUUGAGGUGAUAAAUCUUAACAUUAUUGCCAUAGUAAGGCUAAAAACUGUGUUUGCUCAUUCAUCCUCUCAUCAAAUAGACCACUAACCAAGCAUUUACAUAUCUAAAGAUGAGGGGAAACAUAUCACUCCAACAGAAAUUAGGAAAAUUUCUUCAAUUUGUUUUUACUAUAAGGCAUCAUUGGGGACAACUACAGAUGAGUAAUUAUCAGAAUGGACAGCCACUUUUACUUUUAAAGGAAGUUAAAACAAACACGAACCCAUUGCUCAGAAUGCGGUGCCUUCUUGGAGGCAGAGAGCAGGUGCUCUCAGAUUUGGUGGUGAGUGUUGGCCUUGGUCGUGGCUGGCUGACCGUGUCACAGGA